CCCAGAGGCCCACAGAAAGAGAGAGAGAGAGAGAGAGAGAGAGAGAGAGAGAGAGUACACCACAAACCUCCGGGCCCCAGCCCGCUGGGCCAGUCCAAGGAAGGCUCCCCAGCAUGUGGGAACUCCGGUCCAUAGCCUUCACCAGAGCUGUGUUGGCAGAAUUCCUGGCCACGCUCCUCUUCGUCUUCUUUGGCCUGGGCUCGGCUUUCCACUGGCCGCAGGCCCUGCCCUCUGUGCUGCAGAUCGCCAUGGCCUUUGGCCUUGGCAUUGGCACCCUGGUGCAGGCUCUAGGCCAUGUCAGCGGGGCCCACAUCAACCCGGCCGUGACUGUGGCCUUCCUGGUGGGCUGCCAUGUCUCUUUCCUCCGAGCCGUCUUCUAUGUGGCGGCCCAGCUUCUUGGAGCAGUAGCAGGGGCUGCUCUGCUCCAUGAGAUCACACCAGCAGAAAUCCGUGGGGACCUGGCCAUCAAUGCUCUCAACCACAACACAACAGCUGGCCAGGCAGUGACUGUGGAGCUCUUCCUGACUCUGCAGCUGGUGCUCUGCAUCUUUGCCUCUACGGACGAACGCCGUGGGGACAACCUGGGCAGCCCAGCCCUCUCCAUUGGUUUCUCUGUGACCCUGGGCCAUCUUCUUGGGAUGUACUACACUGGCUGCUCUAUGAAUCCUGCCCGCUCACUAGCUCCAGCUGUCAUCACCGGCAAGUUUGAUGACCACUGGGUCUUCUGGAUCGGACCCCUGGCCGGCGCCAUCCUGGGCUCUCUCCUCUACAACUAUGCGCUGUUCCCCUCGGCCAAGAGCCUGUCCGAGCGCCUGGCGGUGCUGAAGGGCCUGGAGCCCGACACCGACUGGGAGGAGCGUGAGGUGCGGCGGCGGCAGUCUGUGGAGUUGCACUCACCUGAGAGCCUGCCACGUGGCAGCAAAGCCUGAACCGCCGCUGCUGGGCCUCGAAGGCAGGCGGCGCAGCCCACUGGGUCGGAAAGCCCAGCCUGUCCCUUCCCUCCCUAGUUCCAAGGCUGGCUCCCAGCGUAGGCAGCCAGCGCUGCGGGGCAGCAGGAAUGGGGCCUGGGGAACAGCAGAGAGCCUGACAGUUCCCUGCUCGAGGCUGUGCACUGCGCUGUGCACUGCUGUAGUGCUGAUCCUCUGGUCUUUGACAGGGAACUCAGGACUUCGAGGAGCUGGGGAGGGAGGGAGGGCAGCGGGGAGGGAGAGGAAGCUCUGAGAGCCUGCACCCAGGUACUUGGGUGAGAAGUGUUCAGACCCCCGCCUUAAGGGUCAGAUCUGGGAACGGUGCAUGCCAUUUUGCUAAUGUACAAAUAUAAAUUCAUCCCUACUUUCCUCUGUCCUCCAGUGAGGGGUUCGCAUGUGUCUGAGUGUGAAAUGGCAUGCCUACGGUGGUGUAAGUGUGCAAGGCUGGGACUCUCACUACCCCCUUUGAUCCCAUCCUCCCACACCUGGAAUAAAUCCGCUUCUUCUGCAGUGGAUGAAUCCUCCGAGCCACUCCAUCCCAGAAGAGGAAAAGAGAAUCUGAAGGGAAGGCCCUGAUUUCCAACCCCUUAUGGAAAAUUCCCCUACGCUGCAGCACUGGGCCUAGCGACUUGCCCUCAUGCAUUGCUGGAAGUGGAGAAGUAUCAACCAGAAAACAGCUCCCCCAGAAACAGCCUUUGGAAAAAGGAGGGCUGAGAGGAUUCCCUUUCUGCCCUUAGGGAGGACUCUUCAAAGGGGAAUGUGUGGGCAUAUGUGUGUACACAGCUGCAUGUGUGUGCAUGCACACAGACACGUUCACAAAUGCUCCCACACAAGAUGCCCAUCUGGCGUGAGGGGACAGACCCAGAGAUUAGCCUUCUUCUUGGGUGGAGAAAACUAAAGCCCUUUGUGGGCCCCUGGCCUUUGUCUUCAAGAGGGGGAGGUUUGCAACUAGACACUUCUUGAAAGGAGACACUUGGUUUCGCAAGCGAGCCUUUUGCACCCCACGCCUAUGGCUGGCUGGGCAAGGCACUCAGGCAUGCAACCACGGUACCAGGCAGCAGCCACCGUCCCGUCCCACUCCUCCCUCAGCAUCCUCCUCCCCAGAACUCUCUGUUCCCUCCCUCUUGGGGGUAGAACCAGAGUCCCCUUAAAUUGGACGCCCCUUCUGGUUCCCACACUGAACAUUUAUUGUGGACUCUGAAGACCAGAAAAGGAAACGACUUGUCUAGAACCCAGGUUUCUAUGUUUCCAGGCCAGUGCAAUGGUUCUCAAAUGAGAUUACCUAGGAUUAAGUGAGACCAUGCAUGUAAAGAUGCUGGGUGAACAGUAAUUCUUGAACCAUUAGCAUUCAUAAUUAGGGUGAUUCGCAUUAUUUCCGCUUCCUUGGAUGAGAGAAGGAUGCAGAAGGGGCCUGAUCUUCAGCCUCCUUCACCUCUUUUAGUUGGUCAGAGAAGAGCCCUGGGAGCCCCAAGCUUCAGGCAGAAGGAAAUGGUUUGGCCGGCCCUAUCCCAGGCCAGCCUCUGAACCUCUCAUGAGCUCAAGCUCACCCCAGCGGUUCUUCCCCUUCCUUCCCCCCGCCACCCAGACCCAUCCAGGCCCUCCCUCCCUCCAGCCUGUUGCACAACUGGCCCAGGAUCACACCUUAAGCCCCUCUCUCCACGUUUUCAGUUGCCCAAGGCUUUUGUGUUUCUCACACUUUUACCCACUGUGCGCCUCUUUCUCACCUUGGCCUCCUUCACAAACAGACUGCGUUAAGGAACAUCUCUGUGGCAGCUGUGCUCUUCUCAUGCCGGCUCUUUCCUCUCUUUUU